GAAGAGAAGAGAGGAAGAAGAAGAAGAAGAAGACUACGAAUGUAGAAAAACCAGAGUGAUAGAGAGAAGUUGCGAAUCCGCCUAUAAUCGCUUUCAGAUUACUUACAAAGAAGAAACCCUAAUCACAACCCUUCUUCUUCUUCUUCGAGUAACUUGUUCCAUCUGGAUCCGUUCUAGCUAGAUAGAUAGAGUCUAUGAAAUUCGUUUUGUCCAAAACACCACUGAUCAGUCUAUGAAAUUCUCCCAAAAAAACCCAUAAAUGAGACAUCAUCCAUCUCUCACCCCUUUUUCGAUCUUCAAAACUGCUCCAUUUCCUCUCCUACGGAACCACUCCCGAUUCUCUCUCGUCUUUUCUGCUGGUUGAAUUGAUUCAUUCAUUCUAUGUGCUUUUACUUCAUUCUUGUUUCCGAUUUAGGAGAGCCUGCAGCAGGUACGAUCAAUCAUAUAUAAAUAGAUAGAUAGAAACCGCAUUUGAGAAUAAUAAAUAAAUCAAAGUUCAUCAAGAGAGAUAUGGAAAGUUCAGAUAAGGUAACCAUCGGAAGUAUCGUCUGGGUUCGGCGACGAAAUGGCUCUUGGUGGCCUGGGAAGAUACUUGGGCCUGAUGAGCUUUCUGCAUCUAAUAUCAUGUCUCCUAGAUCGGGAACUCCUGUUAAACUCCUAGGAAGGGAGGAUGCAAGUGUUGAUUGGUAUAACUUAGAGAAGUCCAAGCGUGUGAAGGAAUUCCGGUGUGUUGAGUUUGAAAAUUGCAUUCUAAAGGUCGAAGCUUCCCUGGGAUUGCCUCCUAAGAAGAGAGAGAAAUAUGCACGUCGUGAAGAUGCUAUUCUUCAUGCUCUUGAGCUUGAGAAGGAUCUAAUGGAAAAGAAACAUGUAAGGGAUUCAAUAUUGCCUUUAGAAAGUAUGGACAAUGGGAGAGGAGAAAAUCCAUUGGCCCACGAGUCUAGUGAUGGUAUGAUCUCAAAGCCUUUCUAUGGUGAGGCACAAAGUGUAGCUGUAUGCGAUACUAACAGGGACAGAUUUGUUUCCUUGCGCGGAAAAUCUGGUGAUUUAAUUGAUAAUGAUCAUCCUGGUUCAAGGAAAUCUAUAUCUGUAUCUGCUUCUCAAAUGGGUAACUAUGGUCCGGCUGGUUUUAGCAGGGAGGCUGCUGCUGUCUCUGGUUCUGUGGAAGAUACUGAAACAGAUACAGCUGGGACUGAUGAGGACAGUGCAAGAAUCCCAGAAGAUGGUAUAAUCACUGUACUAGAACCAAAAUCUUCAAGAUCCUCAGAAUUACAAUGGAAGCAUGAAAUCACAAGCAACGAUGAACAUGAUGAUUUUGCAUCUGGCGGUGGCAAUACUCCUAUUGUAUCAAAAUGGAAACUUAAGAGGAAAAGAAACAGUCGUGGCAUUGUUAAAAGGUCGAUCCACCACACAAGAGACAAUAAUAACAACAUCCUCUCAAAAAGUCCCAUUUCUGGAACAAAUUUCACUGGAGACGAGAGGAAUCACAGGUCCCAAAGUGUCUUAAACAACAAAAGGCAAUCUGUAACUGCAAAUUCUAUAUUAAUAGAUACAGAAUAUUCCGACCAUGAUAUGAUUGAUUGGGAAGAAUUGAGUUGGAAUCACCAAGAGAGGAGAUUGUUGCUGGACGUUGAUGUUAAGGUCCAGGCAAGCUAUAAAAGACGACAGGAUGUACCAAUGAUAUCAUUAAUAAGCAAGUUGAAUGGUCAUGCAAUAGUUGGGCAUCAUAUUCCAGUUGAAUCUAUAGAGAAUUGUAAAUUUUUAGUCAAUAACGAAAAAAGUGUUCCUCUCACAAAGAGGACAACUGUAAUUCCUCGCCCAGAUGAAGUUAUACAUGCAGAUAUUGAAGGAAAACAUAAGAAGUUGUCGGGUGGAGGAGGUUAUAAGGCGACAACUGUGCCAAAGAAGAAGAAGAAGAAGAAAAUAAGCUUAUUAUCUUCGUCUAGCCAAAAGAUAAAAACGCUUUCUUCAAUUGGCAGGUAUGGUGGCAUUGUGAGUUAUAAAGAAGAUGAUGAAGAAGGGGCGAUGAAAGGGGAAACAACAACAGGUUUGACUGCUGUAGCUUGUAUUCCUGUUAAGUUGGUGUUUAGCCGGUUACAUGAGAAGUUGGUUAGCCGCCAUCAUUGAAGGAGAUCAUCGAAAUAGUAAUUAAACUACAAAGGAGGUCUAUAUAGUAGUGUAUGUAUAUAUAUUAUUGCGACAUUCGCAAUUUUAUCGCAAUUUAACUGAUGCUAGAAUUAUAUUAUUGUUAUUAUUAAGAUUUUAGCAAAUGGUUGCAGACUAAAUGCUGGGAAGAAUAGAGAUAAUGAUGUAUAUGUUCAUGAGAUGCUUCAAUCAUAAUAAUUCAUCAACUGAAUGUAGAUUGUUUAUUGCAAAAAUUCAAUAAAAAUAUAUAUUAUUUGAGA